GGUAUGCCCCUGCCGCGGAAAUGGGUCUUGUCUGGAGAAGCCUCGGAAUUUUGAGUCCUGCGGCCCUGGGUUCGGGACCCCGGGUUUGCCUACGUGUGGCCGGCCCGCGCCCAACGCUCGCUGGGCAGCCCAAUGCCCAGCGUCCGCCUCGGCUUUGGCCUCCUGGUGGCCCUGGCAGCGGGUGGUGCUGUCGCCCUCUUUGGCUACUGCGUCUACCUGGACCGAAGGCGGCGCAGAGACCUGGCUAUCCGGCGCUGCCAGCGGGACCGUGAGUGACUCCGGGGCCAAGGGCGGGCGGCCGAGCCUGGGGCUGUCCCCAAGCCGGCGCCUCGGGCACUCCGACCUAAGGCUCCCAGCCAGCUCAUGCCUGUGUUUGCAGAGAGAAGAGUUGGACAGCCCAAGGCCCAGGCAGAGGCCAGGCAGUUAUGGGAUCCAGCAAAGAAGGAGAAACUACAAGAAUUUUUUUUGCAAGAGGUGCAAAUGGGAAAACUUUGUUUAGCUAGAGGAGAGCACGGAAUGGGGGUUGAACAUCUCACCAAUGCCCUUUUAGUGUGUGGGCAACCCAAGGAACUUCUGACGUUGUACAAACACACACUCCCUCCUGAGGUAUUUCAGAUGCUACUGUACAAAAUUCCCCUUAUCUGCCAGCAACUUGAAGCAGACAUGUAUGAACAGAAGUACUUGAAGGAUUAUCCUGACUGAAGCAUCUCAACGCAUGACAGCCCAGACAGAAUAGUGUGUUCUGUACAGAAAAAACAACCGCUCAGUGAUACUUUCAUUUAUUUUACUUCUGGUAAUAAACUUUUUCUAUCUCAUA